UUCUUUUUUUUUUUUUCCCUAUAAAUACUAAGUUUCGUUAGUAUCUAGGAACCCAUCAACAACAUCUAUAGUUUCUUCGAACAAGUUCCGUUCUUUGAUUGACGACGUCUUUUUUGAGAUGGCACAGGAAGGCAACACUGAUGCGCAACCAGCCAUGACUGCGGAGGAGCAGCAGAAGCUGAAAUAUUUGGAGUUUGUGCAAGUGGCUACACUUCACACAUUGAUGUGCUUCACAAACCUCUAUGUUUAUGCUAAGGAGAAAUCCGGGCCAUUGAAACCUGGUCUGGAGACUGUUGAGGGAACGCUUAAAAAUGUGGUUGGACCCGUUUAUGAUAAGUUCCAUGCAGUCCCAAUGGAAUUCCUCAAGUAUGUUGAUAGCAAGGUCGAUGAGUCUGUGACCAAGCUUGACAGCCAUGUGCCUCCAGUCCUCAAGCAAGUCCCCACUCAGGCCCUCUCUGCAGCUCAACAGGCUCCAGUGGUGGCUCGAUCAGUGGCUUCUGAAGUGAAACGUGCUGGUGUGGUUGACACAGCUUCAGGAAUCGCAAAAUCUGUUUACACCAAGUAUGAGCCAGCAGCCAAGGAGCUCUACUCCAAGUAUGAGCCAAAAGCUGAGCAAUGCGCUGUGUCAGUGUGGCGUAAACUAAACCAGCUCCCACUCUUCCCUCAAAUGGCCCAAGUUGUUGUCCCAACUGCCGCCUUCUGUUCUGAGAAGUACAACCAGACGGUGCUAAGCACUGCUGAGAAGGGAUACAGAGUGUCCUCUUAUUUGCCAUUGGUCCCUACUGAGAAGAUUGCUAACGUGUUUAGCAAUGAGGUAGCUGAAUCACAGCCUCUGGUUUCCGAUGGUCAUGAAUCUGAUGUUUCUGUGCAUUGAUUAGUUUUUUAAUGUGGAUGGUUUGUCUGAUUGUGUGUGUAUGUGUGGAAUAUAUAGAGAAGGACUGGAGUUUGAUGUUUUGGCAUGGAAUAUUGUCUUUGUUCAUACGAAUUCUAUGCAUAAUGGAUUUGCUUCUUGCA